AUGGCUUGUGAAUUAGCAUAUCGACUUUCGACGUUUCCCUUAAUACACCUCAAUUUCAUCCAUAUGAUCCUUAAUGUCUUGGCCCUGACGCCUUUGAUGGAACGAUUCGAGAACGAACACGGAACUUUGAUCUCGGUCGCAUUGUUCUUUGGACCUUUGACGUCGAUCCCUGCCGUCGUCUACGUGAUCAUCGAGCGAUGUAUUUUCCGAGCGAACAAUUCGAUACUGGGAGCGAGCAUGUGGGUGUUUACCUUGCUUGCCAUAGAGUCCAUUCGAACCUACAAGGCCAACCCUCACUUCGUCAUUGGCACAGUUAACAUUCCCACGUGGACAACUCCCUUGAUUAUGUGUUUGGUGGUGGCCGCAUUGGUACCCAGGACAAGUCUUCUUGGCCAUCUAUGCGGCGUGGGCAUCGGAUACGUCGCUGGCUUCGGCUACAUCAAGUUCCUUGCUCCUCCUGAGUGGGCGCUCCGAUGGAUCGAGAAGCGACUAAACCUUCUCAAGAUUCUGCCUCACUACGUCAGCAUCGAUAAGACGACAUAUGGCCGGUUUGGCGUGCUCCCCACGACCAACCGCCCCGGCCCCAGUGGAAGCGCCGCAACGGAGCUUGUGGGCACUACUCAGCGUCUCGGACCUUGAGUAAGGGCGUAUGAAACUGUGCGCUUUCAUGUUGUUUGACUGUGUACUAGUACAACGGCGCUGGUUGCGUAUUUUCUCGUUUUCCUCUUAUUUGUACUAUAGAAAAGGGGGGUUAUUCUUGGGCAUCUUUUUUUAAUUCGGGCUUGGCGUGGUGAUCAAAAACGAAGGAAUGAAUGGAUGAUUUAAGGUGGUCGCCUUCUUCUCUAAGUUGUUGCGAGCCGCCUUGGAUAGUAAGCGUGGGUAAAACCAAAGUCUUGGUUGUGAUUGAAGAUUAUAGAAACAAGAGCUCUAAUUCGAAGAUGUAUGGCAUCUG